GGUGAUAGACAGCCUUACACACAGCACAUGUCUGUCUUUCAUCUUUUGUGUGUGAUAUAUUACAAUGGUGGCCUUCCUUUUGCGCAUUACACACCUUUUAGUUGUUGUUGUCUGAGCAGCUGUUACUGCCAUUUUUCAGCUCAAAUUCUUUUUUUUAUUUCCUACUCUUCUGUUUUAGUUGGUCAGCGCGCUUUAUUAUUUUUAUUAUUACCGGGAGAAGGGAGAGGGAGGAAAAGGGGCCGCUGA